GUACGCGUAUGCGCAUGCGCACUAACGGUAGUGAGAAUGUAACGAAUCUUAUGCAAAGAAUGAGAGAGACAAAAGACGACGAUGCUCGGAAGGGGGUGUAAACUUAACAGAACUGUCGGGAUAUUCUCACAAACAAGUGCUAUUAAAGUAAUUUGACCUUUGAAAUUACUGGAUAACUCGGUUAUUUUCCUAUAAUAACCUUUACGUAUUCAGGAUGUCCACUAGAAAUAACGAUAUAAGAAGAACCGUCCGACACGUAACCUGCUCUUGAGGUAGAUUUAAUCUAAUAUUGAAUAUACAAUUAUACUGGUAUUUCGAACAUAAGCAACGAUAAACAUUAGAUACAAUCGACAACAAUAAAAAAAAUGUCGUGUACGAGCGAGCUUUCUCGAUCACAGGAAUAUCUCAGCUUUCGUAGUUCCGUCCCGCUUAGAAAAAUCGUCGUUGAUGCCGAUGGUACUAAGGGAUGGAAAGUAUACGAUUCUAGUCCAAAAACCAUUAAAUGUCCACUUAUAUGUCUUCCGCCGGUUAGUGGGACAGCCGAUAUUUUUUUUAAACAAGUACUGGGCUUAGCAGCAAAAGGAUACAGAAUCAUAUCAGCUGAACCGCCCGUGUAUUGGAACGUUAAAGAAUGGUGCGAUGGAUUUAAAAAACUUUUGGAUUAUAUGGAAUUGGAUAAGGUGCAUCUUUUCGGCGCUUCAUUAGGUGGAUUUCUGGCGCAAAAAUUUACCGAAGUGAAUGCUCAUUGUCCUAGAGUAGUAUCGUUGGUUUUAUGUAACUCGUUCACGGACACGUCGGUGUUCAGUUACAAUGAUUCCGCGACAAUCUUUUGGAUUUUGCCAUCAUUGGUAUUAAAAAAGAUGUUAAUGGGAAAUUUUGUAACGGAUAAAAUGGACGGAGAGAUUGUUGAGGCGAUUGAUUUUAUGGUAGAAAGAUUGGAAAGUUUGACGCAACCGGAGUUAGCGUCUCGAUUAACGAUGAAUUGUGUCAAUUGUUACGUACAACCGCAAAAAGUGUGUCACUUACCUAUUACCAUUAUAGAUGUUUUUGACGAGUACGCGUUAUCGAACUCGGUGAGAGAAGAAGUGUAUAAAUGUUAUCCAAAUGCUAAAUUGGCACAUUUAAAAAGUGGCGGAAAUUUUCCAUAUUUAAGUCGAGCGGCAGAAGUAAAUUUACACUUACAGAUACACUUAAGGCAGUUUGAAGGUACUGAAUAUGCUGCUUCUGAAAGAAAAAAAUUAUAGCGUCAUUGGUAUGGAAUUGAAACAGAAUGAUUUAUAAUUAUCAUUCCAAUAAUGCAUUUUACAUGUAAUGAUAUUACACAUGAUUCUCUAUUUAUUCUCUAAUCAGCAAUCUGUCUGAUUUAAAAUUGUCAAUAACGCAUACUAAGAUGUAUGAUUGUUAUAACAAUAUUGAAACGGUUUUAAAUAUAUUCG